AUGGUUGUUCCUGAGAAUAGUGUGCCCAAGAUUCAAGACUUUUACGUGAAGUGUAAAGCGAACGGAGAUUACGAGCCGGACGUAUGGAUAAAAUACUUGUGUUGUGUAAAAAAAAGAGUAGAUAUUGUCAUCGAUAAUAAUAAUUUGUUGUGUGAUAGUUAUUUAACCGAAUCUUGCGCCACGUUUUUAAAAACGAUAAUAAUUUAUGAUGACUCAUGCGGUGACGAAAUACGAAUUCUAAUAAAUAUAUAA